GGCCUCCGGUCUUGGUCCACUGCGGGGCUCACACGCUCGCGCCCCCUGCGGCCGGCGCGCUGCCCCCAGCCUCUGGCUCGCAGGAGGAGCCGCUGCGGACGCUGCUGUGCACGGUGAGGCCUCGACCAAAAUGGCCCUAUGUUGAGUGAUGGUCUCAUUGAACAAUUUUGGAGAUUCCACGGAAAUCGUUUUAAAGAGUUCAUUUGGCAGCAUUCCAGGGGACCCUCAAGACAACAGAAUGCAGAUAUGAUGGUUGGAGUUCCAGCAGCUAUCUUGGGGAGUGAGACAGCUUUGAGGAUGGAAGCCUUUGCUAAGGAAGGUGGAACACAAAGAUAGAAGACAACCAGAUUACUGAUGAUUAUGGGGCCUCCGUACCAGCCUUGGAUUGCCUGUCUUGGGACUUCUAUGGGAGAGAAAAAUACAGACUGCCCUUUAGGCACACAAAGGUGGAUUUGCAGUGUCAUGUACCCUACAUGACCAUUGGGGCCUCUCCUCAUCCCGACCAUGCCUGGCCAACUCAGUAGAUUGAUCCUGUUCAAGCUGAGCCGAUGAAAUUCUCUCUGCCUGAAAUUUACAUUAGGAAUGAAGAAGCCAUGGACUGUAACUAUUGAAACUGGGCCGUAUGUCCACAUGUUCCAGAAGGGGUACAUCUGCUGCUGCCUGGAUGUUGGAAUUGUCCUGGUUCUUGCUGCCAGAGAUUUACCAAACUUGAAACCAUUAAGGACUAUGGUGCCAACUGAUAGGCCUGCGCUUUGACAUGAGACCCCUGUCAUGCCCACCUUUCUACCCUGCUGGGAAGGAGAAGGACACCUGCCGGGCCACUGUUCCUCAGCCCCAAAAGCAGUGUAUCUUUGAGCAAGUCAUGCUCAUUUUAUGAGCCUGGAUUUCCUCAUCUGCAAAUUGUGGAUAUGAAUGCCCAUUCCACCCAUGGGCUCUGGACUUUAAAGAAGAUGGUUAUUUCUCACCUUCCUAGAACCAGUCUGCCACACUCAACUUCUUGGAUGAGAGUUUAAAAGAAAUGCCAAUCUAAGCAAAACAUGGUGGAAAGCAUUGGUGUUGAAGUUAGAAAGAUUUGUACUUGGAUCCAAGAUCUCCAAGCCACUAGUCGGGCAAGUGAUUUGACCUCUCCGAGCUGCAGUUUCCUGCCAAUGUGGACAUGGCACAGUGUGAAAGCUCAGGAUGCUGAGUGAGACUUCUCCUGUUGUCCCAGAAUUGUGGCUACACCAAAGAUUGGCUGACUGGAGUUAUGUAUUGUCUUUCUGGAAUAAAUCAUGCCCACAAUGAAUCAUCUACAAUUUCCAAAUUUUGGUUUAUUUCAAGGGAAUCAACAACUUCAGGACAAUUGUCAAGAUCAAUAUCCCCAAGUGAAGGGAGGAGUAGGCACAGUCGAAGAAAUAGUUGAAGACUGGUUGCCUGACGUGGAAGCCAGGGCCCAGCGUCAGGUCCCACGGGUGCGCACUGGCGGGGAAAGGUACAAACGACAGCAUCUCGACAAGUCUUCCAGAGUGUCUGCAACUCUUCCUGUAACCAAAGGCCUUUUCCUGUGUUUGAACUCUGCCACCAAUGGCUGUCCUACCAAAGACAUUUAUGAUCUUAGGAUGCUUGGAGAGAGCCUGUAAGUAGAAGAAAAGGCUCUGGAGGAAGACUGUGAAAAGAUGAGCUUUAUGGAAUUAUGAGAGCGAAUACUGGAGGAGAAUGCUUGCUCACCUCUGGCCUGGAAAAUUGCCAAGGAUGCAGAAGGAAAUGAAGAUGAUCAAAGACGAGGAUGUGCAUUUCAAUUUGGGUGUGAAAAGGGCCCCCUCCUUUCCCCACUGCCUGCAGCCAGUGGUUUCCCGAGGGAAAGCUCCCCAAAGGCACCCUUUCCCAGAAGCCCUCCGGGGGCCUUUUUCCCAGUUCCGGUAUGAACCUCCUCCGGGAGACCUAGACGGAUUCCCAGGGGUCUUCGAAGGAGGAGGGUCUCGGAAACGGAAGAGAGUGCCCACCAAGAUGCCCUAUAACCACCCAGAGGGAGAAGCCGCUGUUGCCCUCCACUCCGAGGACAGCAAAAACCACGGCCCCCCAAACUUCCCUCUGCUAUUCCCACAGCCCCCACGCCCCAAGUAUGACUCGCAAAUGAUCGACCUGUGCAACGUGGGCUUCCAGUUCUACCGCACCCUGGAGCAUUUUGGGGGCAAACCCGUCAAGCAGGAGCCCGUGAAGCCCAGCGCCGUGUGGCCCCAGCCCACACCCGCUCCGUUCCUGCCCACGCCCUACCCCUACUACCCUAAAGUGCCCCCGGGCCUCAUGUUCCCCUUCUUCAUGCCCUCGGCCUCCCCCUUCCCCUUCAGCCGGCACACCUUCCUGCCCAAGCAGCCUCCAGACCCACAGCUGUCCCGCAAGGCUGAGCCCCAGGAGAGCGAGGAGACCAAGCAGAAGGUGGAGAGGGUGGACGUGAACGUGCAGAUCGAUGACAGCUACUAUGUGGAUGUGGGCGGGGCACAGAAGCGCUGGCAGUGCCCCAACUGCGAGAAGUCCUACACCUCCAAGUACAACCUGGUGACUCACAUCCUGGGCCACAGCGGGAUCAAGCCGCACGCGUGUACCCGCUGCGGGAAGCUCUUCAAGCAGCUCAGCCAUCUGCACACCCACAUGCUGACCCACCAGGGCACGCGGCCCCACAAAUGUCAGGUGUGCCACAAGGCCUUCACACAGACCAGCCACCUGAAGCGCCACAUGAUGCAGCACAGCGAGGUGAAGCCGCACAACUGCCGCGUGUGUGGCCGGGGCUUUGCCUACCCCAGCGAGCUCAAGGCCCACGAGGCCAAGCACGCUAGUGGGCGGGAGAACAUCUGCGUGGAGUGCGGCCUCGACUUCCCCACACUGGCCCAGCUGAAGAGGCACCUCACCACGCACCGGGGCCCCAUCCAGUACAACUGUUCCGAGUGUGACAAGACCUUCCAGUACCCGAGCCAGUUGCAGAACCACAUGAUGAAGCACAAGGACAUCCGGCCGUACAUCUGCUCCGAGUGUGGCAUGGAGUUCGUGCAGCCCCACCACCUCAAGCAGCACUCCCUCACCCACAAGGGUGUGAAGGAGCACAAGUGUGGGAUUUGCGGACGAGAGUUCACUCUGUUGGCCAACAUGAAGAGACACGUACUGAUCCACACCAACAUCCGGGCCUACCAAUGUCACCUCUGUUACAAGAGUUUUGUGCAGAAACAGACCCUCAAGGCACACAUGAUCGUUCACUCUGAUGUGAAGCCUUUCAAAUGCAAGCUGUGUGGGAAGGAAUUCAACCGGAUGCACAACCUAAUGGGCCACAUGCACCUGCACUCCGACAGCAAACCCUUCAAGUGCCUCUACUGCCCAAGCAAAUUCACCCUGAAGGGGAACCUGACUCGCCACAUGAAAGUCAAACAUGGGGUCAUGGAGCGGGGCCUCCAUUCGCAAGGUUUGGGAAGGGGGAGAAUUGCCCUGGCGCAGACGGCGGGGGUCCUGAGGAGUCUGGAGCAGGAGGAGCCCUUCGACUUGUCCCAGAAGCGCCGGGCGUUCCAGUCGGACGGGGAGAGCGCCAGGGGCAGCUCCUGCCACGAGGAGGAGGAGGACGACAACUGCUACGAGGUGGAGCCAGACAGCCCUGGCCUGGCCUCCCCCAGCAGGCAGCCCCGCGCUCCGCGGGAUCUCUCCACCAAGGCCGACCCAGCCCCCAGAGCACGCCAGGAAGCCUGCGAGGAGGAGAAGGAGGAGGAGAAGGAGGACAUGUUAGAGGAAGGACACGAGGAGAAGAGCAAGGACAGCCCUGAAGCAGAGGGCGGCCAGGAGAGAAACUGUGCCCACAGAGACGAGUGUCCCAGCCUCCGGGCUCUCCAGAGCGCCAGGCGGGGUGCCUCCUUUUCUGAUUACUUGUACUUCAAGCACAGAGAUGAGAGUUUAAAAGAAUUACUGGAGAGGAAAAUGGAAAAACAAGCAGUGCUUUUAGGUAUCUAAGUGGGCAGUUUUAGAAUUACAUUUGGAAAAUGAGAACUAGGCAGUUCAAAUAUAGCUUUCUGCAUGAGCUAUCAUUUGCUGGAGACAGGCGAAUGGCGCACAUCUUCACAAAUGGCUCAGACUAAAUGAGCAGGGACUGUCCUCAAUAAUGUAAAUGCUUCUCAGGUCGUUCAUGGGACCCUUGAUUUUUAACACACUUGCAGGGUCUUCUUCAGUGUUAUUUUAUGCAUUUCCAGUCUAAUAAGCUGUACAUAUUCUCCUAGAUAUGAUUGUAAGCUGAUGCUAAGGUGCUUUUAGAAAUUCUAUUUUUCUUUGACUAAUAUGCAAUACAUGGUAAAUUUUUUUCGAGUUGCAAAAAUAUGGUGCUUGACAUGUUACCUUAUUAAUGACUAUUUAGUUGAAUGUGUGAAAGUUAUAUUUUUCCAGAUAGAUGAAAAUGAGUAGGAGUAUAUGUAAAAAUUGCCUUUAUUAAAUAAUCAAAAAUGCCAGAAUGAGACAGGAGGGUGAGUUAUUAAAAAGGAUGUUCUCACAUAGUUGCAGAAAUAAGAUAAAAAUUCAAGAGAAAAUGAGUAAUUUUGACUGGGAAACUCCGCUCCAGUUACCUUCAUCAGGUGUCACAUUCAGAGCAUAUUUUCUGAUGGCCCAACAACACUCAGUGUCUACAGGCUAACGCCCUGUGUCUGAGCAGAGCUACCUCCUGGAGACCUUGCUCCAAGGCCUCAUGUCCCAUAAACAGCUGCAGGAAAAGUUGUCACCUUUGAGCCGUGGAUUUUUCCUCAGUGCUGGAGCUGGGUGAGUGAGGAGGGAAUUCUCCCCGAACUCUAAGUUCUGACUUAUUUGGAGUAAUCGAAUAACCACCAGCUAAUGACUAGUAAGGGAGAGUCUGGGCUGCGUUCUCAGUGCUGCCCGUACAUUAGAAUCAUCUUGGGGAGCCUUUUAAAAAAUAACAUGCUGGGGCUUCACGGUCUGAGAUUCUGACUUAAUUGUUAUAGAGUGGAGCCUCAGCGUUGGUUAUUUUCCAGAUUGUCCCAUGAUUCUUAUAUACAGCCAGGACUGAGAAAGCUGACUGGGCUAAAAUAGUGGCUCCCAGGACCCUUUCCCAGGGAUUCCAUAAAUGUUUCUGUUUCUGGCUUCAGACUCUUUAAGGUAGAGAGCACGGGACCUUGAAAUUAUAAUGCUGACUUAGGCUUUUUACCUGUUCUGUAAUAGCCUCACAGGGGACACACACGCACACACACACACACACACAACACACACUGUAUAAACACACUUUUUAUACU